UUAUGAAAACUCAAAAAACGGAACUCGUUCUUAUUUUACUAUUGUGCACAAUAAAUUGCGUAAAUAUUAGUAAACAGGAUGGCGUGGAAGAACUGAAAGUAAAUAGAUAAUAAUGAAAUAGACAAGAAAACAAGUUGGGGUAAGAUUGCAUGGAAUCUUAGUUAAUUAGCUUUUUCUGGUGACUCAGCUCUAAAAGAAUUAGCAGAUGUUUUGACAUCAGUGGUAUAGAUAUAGUUAUUAUAAUUAAUUAGAAAGAAUAAGUAAAAGAUUUGAAACAUGAUCAUGAAUUUGCUAGUGAUAAAGCUAUUAAUGUUUAUUUUAGCAAAAAUGAGAAAUUAGAUUUAGGAAUAGAUGAAACAGUUACAUUUAUUGCUAGGAAUACAGAUUAUUUAGACUCAUAGAUGCAUGAUUAUAUUGUUAAUAUAAAUAAGAGAUUAGAGAAUCUAGAUUAAAAUGUGAAUGAAAAUAGAAAAUAAUUAGAAUAUCUAACAUUCACAAGAUAAAAGCAAAAUGAGAAAUUUUUAGAUACUUGUAUAUUAUUAUAUAUAUUAAUAAUAGUGACAUAAUAUGAACAUAUGAUUGCAUAAGUUGAUAUGUGCAUAGCUUUACUUUAAGGAAUAUUUGCAAAUGAAUAAUUUAUUUAAGUUGAUAGAGUUAAGAUUAUUACAAGAAAGAUAUUUGCUGCUACAAUGUUAAUUGGAGGAAUAGAAAUGAAAGAAUUAUUAGAAACAACUGAAUCAGCUAAUUAUACAGAUACUAGAGUUUAAAAAUAUGUAUAAUUUAUUAUUUAUUUUUUUUAGAUACUAGAAGCUUUUAAUAAUUUAAGAAAAUAAUUUGUUGAUCAUAAAAAUUCAGAUAUUGCUUAUGAUGCUGAAUAAUAAAAAUAAUAUGAAGAUUAAAAACAUUAAUUAGAUGGAGAACUUUUGAUUUUCAAGAGAGAUAUUGCAGAAUUAAUAUAUAAUCUAUCAGUUGCAGAAGAGAAAAUAAGAUAAAUUAAAGAAGAUAUUGAAUCAAAUAAAAAAGAUUAAGAAUUUUAUUAAAAAGAGAAACAAUUUAUUAAUAAUGGUAAUUAAAUUGAAGAAAAAUGGAAAGCUAAAUUAACUUAAGAAUAUAACAAUUAAUUAUAAUCAAUAGAGAAUGCUAUGAAUUUAAUAAGUUAAUCUGAUUUUUGGGCAAGGAACGAUUAAAUUAAGUUAAAUUAUUGA